AAAAGAAAAGAAAAAAGAAUCCUCAUUUUAUAAUUUCACUGUCGGAUUAAUGGGAACAUCGCUUCUACUUCCGAUCAUCGACCUCUCUUCGCCGGAUAAAAUCACCACCGCACAAUUGAUUCGUCAGGCGUGUCUUGAACAUGGAUUCUUUUAUGUCAAGAAUCAUGGGAUCGCGGCUGAAUUAAUGGAAAGGGUUUUUAAGGAGAGCAAAGGCUUCUUUAAUCUUCCACUAGAGGAGAAGAUGGCUUUACUCCGCCGUGAUUUGCUUGGUUAUACUCCUUUGUUUGCUGAGAAGCUUGACCCGUCUUUGACCUCCUCCACAGGUGAUUCCAAGGAAAGCUUUUAUUUUGGCUCUUUGGAAGGCGUGCUUGCUCAACGAUACCCAAAUCAAUGGCCUCCUGAAGAUCUCUUGCCAUCAUGGAGACAAACCAUGGAAUGUUACUACAAGAAUGUCCUCUCCGUCGGUAGAAAAUUGCUCGGCUUGAUUGCCUUGGCAUUGGAUUUAGAUGAGGACUUCUUCGAAAAAGUUGGAGCCUUGAAUGAUCCUACAGCAGUUGUUCGCCUCUUACGCUAUCCAGGUGAAGUGAUUAUGUCGAAUGAAGAAACAUAUGGUGCCUCAGCUCACUCAGACUAUGGAAUGGUCACUCUUCUAACGACUGAUGGAGUUCCAGGGCUUCAGGUUUGUAGAGACAAAUCGAAACAACCACACAUUUGGGAAGAUGUCCCUGGAAUUAAAGGGGCGUUUAUCGUCAACAUUGGUGAUAUGAUGGAGAGAUGGACCAAUGGACUGUUCCGGUCUACGUUGCACAGAGUGAUGCCAGUUGGAAAAGAACGUUACUCGGUGGUGUUCUUCUUAGAUCCCAAUCCAGACUGUAAUGUGGAAUGCUUGGAGAGUUGUUGCAGCGGAACUUGUCCCCCAAGAUUCCCGCCUAUUCUCGCAGGCGACUAUAUGAAGGAGCGUUUCAGGCUAACAUACGCAACAUCCUCUUAGUCUAUGUUUUGGGUUACGAAAUGUAAAAGGAUUGGUUUGUAUAAGUAUAACUUUUAGUUGUGAAAAUAUCAAGGAAGUAGGAAAUGGUGUUUAACA